GCUCUCUUCCAAGGCAACUACUAUCAUAUGAGGAGGUUGCGCUCUGCUCGUGGAGCUCGCUGCAAAUGUGAACGAGAGAGCGAAUAAGAGGAGAAAAGCAGAGAGAGAGGGGGGCAGAAAAGGAGAGACGGAGAGGUGUUUUGGUAGAAAAGCUCCAUUCUGCCACAUGCUGCAACGACAAGCCUGUCUCAUCAGCAUCCACUGCGCGCUCAAGGGAUGAGAAUAGCCGAAUUGAAUGCAGUGGGGGAAAUAGGUGUAAAAUGUGAAUAAGGAGUUUGAAAGCAGUAUGCGUCCGUAGUGAAGAGGAAUAAAUAGGAAAACAAGCUCUCUGAGUGCUGGACUGAUAUCGCAUGGGGACAUGAACAGUGUGGACCCCGCUUCUACCAAACUGUUGACUUUCAACCAACGCUCUGCCUCGGAGGACUUGGGCUGCAGGCGUGGAGACUUCAGCCGAAAACACUAUGGCUCCGUCGAGCUGCUGAUCUCUAGUGAUGCAGACGGAGCCAUACAGAGAGCGGGUCGUUUCCGAGUGGAGAAUGGCUCAUCAGAUGAGACGACGGACUACACCCCGGGAACCUGGAGAAGAACCGAUGUCCAUCUGGAGAACCCGGAGUACCACACCAGAUGGUUCUUCAAAUACUUCCUGGGCAAAGUCCACCAGAACUACAUUGGUACGGAUGCAGAGAAGAAUCCCUUCUACCUGUCUGUGGUUCUGUCCGACCAGAACAACCAGCGGGUCCCUCAGUACAGAGCCAUCCUCUGGAGGAAGACAGGAACUCUGAAGAUCAGUCUGCCAUACAGCCCCACCAAAACACUAUCAGUCAAAUCCAUCUUAAGUGCGAUGAACCUGGACAGGUUUGAGAAAGGCCCGAGGGAGAUUCUCAACCCAGAGAUACAGAAGGACCUACUGGUGUUGGAGGAGCAAGAGGGUUCUGUCAACUUCAAAUUCGGUGUCCUGUAUGCCAAAGAUGGACAGCUCACAGACGACGAGAUGUUUAGCAACGAGACUGGGAGCCAGAGCUUCGAUAAGUUCCUUAACCUCCUGGGUGACACCAUCUCCCUGCAGGGCUGGGCAGGCUACCGUGGUGGGCUGGAUACCAAGAAUGACACUACAGGAAUGAACUCCAUCUACACAGUGUACCAGGGCCAUGAGCUGAUGUUCCAUGUCUCCACCAUGCUACCCUACUCCAAGGAGAACAAGCAGCAGGUAGAGAGGAAAAGACACAUUGGGAAUGACAUCGUCACCAUAGUGUUCCAAGAGGGAGAGGACGCGUCUCCGUCAUUUAAACCCUCCAUGAUCCGAUCCCAUUUCACACAUAUUUUUGCAUUAGUUAGAUACAACAGUCAGAACGACAGUUACAGGUUGAAGAUUUUCUCUGAGGAAAGUGUGCCACUGUUCGGACCUCCCCUCCCCUCACCACCUGUGUUUACAGACCACCAAGAAUUCAGGGACUUUUUGUUAGUCAAACUAAUCAAUGGAGAGAAGGCCACCCUGGAGACGCCCACAUUUGCCCAGAAGCGCCAGCGGACCCUGGACAUGCUGAUCCGUUCCCUGUACCAAGACCUCAUCCCUGACCUCCACAAGGUUCCCUUCUCUCCCCAGAACAUGCUCAACAGACGCUCGUUUAGUGAUGUGCUGCCGGAGUCGCCCAAGUCUGCCCGCAAGAAGGAAGAGGCACGACAGGCAGAGUUUGUCAGGAUAGGACAGGCACUAAAGCUGAAGACCAUCGUCAGAGGAGACGCCCCAACCAGUCUGGUCACUACAGGCCUGUGUAGAAAAGAGCCGUGGGAGUCCCAGUCAUUCUGCAGUACGUUUCCCUAUGAGACAGUGUGUGCUGACUCCUGGGGUCAGUCUCUGCUGGUCGCCACGGAAGCAGCAGGGGUCAUGAUGAUAGAUGCUGUUGAUCCACUUCUUUCAAACCCAGAUGCCCAGGUCCUGCCCCCAGUGCAGGUGUUUGAUAAGACUAUGGUGGUGAAACAGAUACACGUUGUAGAGCCUCAGGACCUCCUCAUCACCAGGGCUGACAAAGGGAAGGAUGCGCGUCUCUAUGUGUUCAGACUGAGCAUGCUGAAGAGAGGCUUGGAGGAGAGGCAGCUGGUUCGCACCAAGUGUGACAGCCGAGAGAACAAACUGGAAAAGACCAAAGGGUGUCACCUAUACUCCAUCAACACCCACCAUGGGUCAGAGUUGAGGAUCGUGGCGGCCAUCAGGAAUAAGCUCCUCCUCAUCACCAGGAAACAGCCCCGCCUCGACGGCCUAGGCACCCUCGCUGCUGCAACCCACUCGCCCGUGGACCAGUUCCAGUACAUACGGGAGAUCUGUCUGUGUGACGCUCCAGUAGUCAUGGCCCUAGUGGACGGUCCUACAGGAGAGAACGACAACAUGAUCUGUGUGGCCUACAAACACCAGUUUGACCUGAUCAACGAGAGCACUGGGGACGCAUACAGGCUCCACCAUGUAGACGCCAACCGGGUCAACUUUGUGGCAGCCAUCGAUGUGUACGAGGAUGGGGAGGCUGGUCUUUUGUUGUGUUACAAUUAUAUCUGUUCCUAUAAGAAGGUGUGUCCGUUCAAUGGGUCCACCCCUAUGAUCCAGUCUAACGCCUCUGACUUACACUUCAGCUGGAACCAGAUGCCCAACGCCAUCGUGUGUGCGUUUCCCUACAUCUUGGCCUUUACCACUGACUCCAUUGAGAUCCGGCUGGUUGUCAACGGUAACCUGGUCUACACAGCUGUCGUGCCAGAGCUCCAGCUGACUGCCUCCAGGUCAGACAUCUACUUUGUGUCGUCCGCUCCGGUCAACUCUGCCUCCAACUGCAGCUCCCGGGACACCAGUUCCCAGAGUUCCCCACAGACGCCCACCGGCUACGAGAUGCCCGUAUUCCCAUUGCCGCUCGGAGAUGAUUCUAUACGGAUCCCCUAUGGUACCAAGCUAUCCCUGUACAUGUCUAAGGAUGCCGAAGGUGAGACACAGUGUAAGCAUAUCUUCAAGAUCCCCCUGAGUAACCUAGUGGGCCGCAGCAUCGAGAGGCCCCUGAAGUCCCCGCUGGUCAACAAGGUGGUGACGGGCCUGACAGCCCCCGUGGGGGCCCUCAUGCAGGGGUCCUCACACACACUGUCUCUGUCCCGCAUGGAGAUCAAAGAAAUCGCCAGUCGCACCCGUAAGGAGCUUCUGGGCUUGACCGAGGAGCCGAGCAGUAAGACCGACAGCAGCACGGGCAAACAGAGGAAGAUGAGCAGGAAGACCACUGAGGAAGAGAUAAAGGCACGAACAUUGACCUCCACCAGCAGCGACAGAGUGGGCUCGGAGUCGGCCGACACGGACUCGGACAUCCAACGGCACUGCUCGUCCAGCUCGGAGGCGGAGCCAGAGAAAGUGGUGCUUAGAGAGGAGAGCCCGCCAUUGGCCAGCCCCUUCACCCUCCCCACCUCUUUCGAAGAAGACAUCCUGGACCUAAAGUGAAGACAAUCCCAUCAUGCACUUAUUUUCUGCCCUCCUCCUCCUUUCCUCAUCCCCCUCUUCUCUGCUCCUCCUUUCCUCCUCAUCCCUCUUCUCUCCUCCUCCUUUCCUCCUCAUCCACCUCUUCUCUCCUCCUCCUUUCCUCCUCAUCCCCCUCUUCUCUCCUCCUCCUUUCCUCAUCAUCUCCCUCUUCUCUGCUCCUCCUCAUCCACGUCUUCUCUCAUCCUUUCGGUCAUUUUAUUUGUAGGUUGUUGAUUUCUGUUUAGUUUUUAUCUCUGUGGUCUGGGUCUUCAUCCUCAAACGUGGUGUGUAGAAGAGGAAUGCGUGUGUGUGUGUUGCACCACAGCGAGUAACCCAAAGAAAACGAGGAGGUCAUUUGAGGUGGUGUGGUUAGUUCAGAGUUCAGAGGUCAUUAUACGGCGAAGGUUUUCAUCAAUAAACCAAAACUGAAUGUAAAUCUACGCACAAGGCACGAAGAAAAAUCUGUGUUGGAACCGACACCCUCGUGAAGUUCCUUUGGCUUACCAUUUGUUGCAUAUUAUAUGAUUAUUUCCUAUUCCACUUUCAACUGUAGUAUAAUAUAUGUAUGUAUACAUCUAUUUAUACAUUAAGAUGCAUACACACUGACAGACAUGUAUGCCUUUAUAGAUAUAUUAUAAUACACAUUUUAUUCACAUAUUUAGUAAAUGUAAGAUGUUUUAUGCUCUCCAUGUCUGUCAGUCUUGUUCUGUUUCCUUUCCAACUCACAGUAUGCAGGUAGACAGGGCUGGACUGGAGGCAGAGUCUCCCACAAGUGCCAAUUCGCCACAUCCUACACCAAAACCACAACUCCCAUCAGCCACCUCUCCUUUGAUUGGCUGGACUCUGACAGUAGCGGUCUUAGUCAUGUAUCCCUCUGUAGAUACCAUCUUACAGUGAGUCUGUGAGCUAGGUUCAAUCAUCAUAGAGUCACACACACACACCCCCCUCUAGGGUUUCUAAAAGCACUUGCAUGCCAUGCCUUUGCUACUACUGUCCUGUUUCUGGCUAUCCCUGAGAAUCCCUCAGUCCAGGUACUCACAGAAUAAAAACGCAUAUAGUCUUUUAUACACAGACUACAACCUUCCCUGACAGUAAGCUUACUGUGGCCUAUAAGUGGCCCACCAUUGUCAUAGCCAGCGGGCAGUUAGCUCAUCGGCUUUCUAGUGGGUUCGGCUGCAGUAUCUGACACAAUCCACCGGGCACUCACUGGCUGAAUCAACAUUGUUUCAACGUCAUUUCAAUGAAAUAACAUUGAACCAACAUUGAAUAGACGUUGAAUUGAUGUCUGUGCCCAGUGGACAUGGUCUGUCUGGUGUUAGGCCGCUAUUGUCUACUUGGGACCUCUAUCAGCUUGAUUCUCUUGUUAGUCGGGUUGGAGAAUAUAUCAAGUAGCCAACUACUUCCUUUUAGGAGUGAUGGCUUGAGGUAAUGUAGUCGGUCAUAGGUUGCAUCCAAACUUUUAACCAGGGCCCAUAGAGCGCUGAUCAAAAGUAGGUCAUUAUAUAGGGAAUAGGGUGGCUUUUAGGACAUAGACAUAGUGGAUGAGAGUCCAUUUAGAUGGUAGAUUGGUUAGGGUUAGAUGGUAGAUGGGUUAGGUUUAGAUGAUAGGAGGGUUAGAUGGUAGAUGGGUUAGGGUUAGGGUUAGGUGAUAGGAGGGUUAGAUGGUACAGU